UCCGACUUGUACAUGGCAUCAGGACAGACUCAUCACAUGUGUAUGUGUAAAGACAAGUUUGGCAAGUUAGUUUUUUCGAAAAUAGUAAAUGGCGACGUUUAAAAUGACGCAAAAGUCGGCUAGCCUGCAGAUCUUCAAGGGAUCUGAAGAAGAGGAAACUACCAAACAUGUUUUGGAGAUAAUCACCACUGAAACUGAAUCGCCGGUGCCAUCAUUCCUUAACUUGGUAAUAUACAAUAGUAAUGCUUUGGCAGGAAAGUCAUUCAGUGAUGCAUGGGUCCAUCUUCAACUAAGCCAUGAAAUUGAGGAAACGCUGGACAAAUCAUAUGGUAGAUAUCCGAAGGUUGGACUUAUUUACCUUAAAGACCUCUUAAAUUUGUCUGUUCUCGAAGAAUUUAAGAAGAAUGGAGUAGACGCCAUUGAAACUCACCCCAACGAUUGUUGGCUGCCAUUUUUGACUUUGUUGGAAUUUCUGCGUGAGAAAAAAAAACAUGAAGAAGCAAUUCAUAAACUUGUAGCCAAAGCUUCUCUUCAAACAAGUGGAAAUACAGAAACACAAAUUAUGGCUGGAUUGGCUCAUCAUCUGUUUUCUCAAUUGGUGCCAGGCAAGGAGUAUGAGGUUGAUAAAUAUGCAAAGCAGCUUCCAAAAGAAUGUGGCUGUGGCUGUAAGGCCAAGAUUUGUGCAGGAGACACCUCAGUAGGAUCAGAGAGAACAUGGCAUGGCAGAGUUGAUAUAAUGGUGAACCAUACAAUUGCUGUGGCAGUGGGGAAGAAACAAACAGAUGGCAUUAAAGAAGAAGAAGAAGAUGAUGAUGAUGAUGAUGAUGAUGAUGAUGAUGAUGAUGAUGAUGAUGAACCUCAAAGAAAACAAAGAAAGGUUGAAACUAAUGACAAGAGUUGCAAUAUUUGUAUAGAAGUGAAAUGCAACAAGAGACAUGAUCAGUGUGUUCUCCUAGACCCAAAAGUUUUAGAGCAAAUCUUGGCUGAAGCUAUAACAAAUGGAUUUGCUCAAGUUAACAGGAACAAAACUACUCUAUCAGGUUUCUUCAUUCCAACUAUUGGAGCCACAUCUGAUCGUAUUUCUAUUUGUCUCUAUGAUCCUGAAAGUGACUGCUUACUGCACAUUAGGGAAGACUACAAGUUAUGGUAUCCAGGUACUAAAAACAAACUAAAUGAAUUGACCAUAAUUCUCCUUUGGCUUUUCUUGAAUUUCACUGUUUUAACUCGGAGAAAAAUGGCAGCUGCAUUUGCAUUAGAUAUUGAUAAGUCAGGAUUACAUGCAAAGUAUCUGAAGUAUUAUAGAGAGGCAAAAACAAAAGCAAAUUUUGUUUCGCAAUUACCUGUAGAAUCGCCAUGGAAGUAUGUCCAUGCACACCCCAUAAAGCCUGUAGAUCCAAAUAUGAACGAUACCUGAAUGCUGAAUACAAAUGAUUAGGGAAAGUGGAUCAUAAAUCCUUUUAAGUUUUUAAGUCAUCUGCCCCAAAGGGUCAAGAUGACCUAUAGCCAUCAUGCGUCGUCCAUCGUCGUGCGUCAUGUGUGGGGGAGGGCUAUCAAUUCUUCUAUUCAGAAUUUUGAUUUGAUCCCUUCUACUACUUCUUCAUUCCUGGUGGGAUUUCAUCAAGAUUAGGUAAGAUGCAUUAUUGGCCGGGGUUAUCAAUUUUUCUAUUAAGGGCGUGUGUUAUAGGGGUUAACAUAUGAUUGAUUUAUGACAUUAUGCAAUACACUGAGAAAAAGGAUA